AUGGGCAAGAAGAUAGUUUUUAACAUCAGUUCUGAGUUCCAGUUGAAGGCGCUGCUCGGCGAAGGGGCGUACGGUAUCGUAUGCUCGGCCAUACAUAAGCCUACAGGCGAGGUAGUUGCAAUUAAGAAGAUAGAGCCGUUUGACAGGACUUUGUUCUCCCUGAGAACUUUGCGAGAGAUCAAGAUACUCAGGCAUUUCCAGCAUGAGAAUAUUAUCAGUAUCUAUGAUAUCCAGAAGCCGACCUCCUUUGAGACUUUUAACGAAGUUUAUAUUAUACAAGAACUAAUGCAGACCGAUCUUCAUCGUGUGAUAGCUACACAGCCACUAUCAGACGACCAUAUCCAGUAUUUUAUCUACCAGACACUGCGCGGCCUGAAGGUACUUCACGGCAGCAAUAUCAUUCACAGAGACCUCAAACCCUCCAAUCUACUUCUAAAUGCUAACUGCGAUCUCAAAAUUUGCGAUUUCGGUCUGGCAAGAAUCGACAACGGAGAUAAUACAGAUCUGGACCAGAAUCAGCUCUCCGGGAUGACCGAAUACGUUGCUACCAGGUGGUAUCGCGCUCCUGAGGUCAUGCUAACAGCUGCGCAGUACACCAAGGCUAUUGACAUCUGGUCCUGCGGCUGCAUCCUCGCAGAACUCUUCCUAAAAAGACCAUUAUUUGCAGGCAGGGACUACAAGCAUCAGCUCAUGCUAAUAUUUGAGCUACUCGGCACUCCACAGGGCGAAAGUUUUGCUUCUAUCAAGUCUCGGAGAGCUAGAGAAUACAUAAAAACACUACCACAUUACCACAAAGUAAGCUUACGCACCCUCAUGCCCCAUAUAAGCCCACUAGGAAUUGACCUCCUCCAGCGUAUGCUAGUAUUCGAUCCCAAAAAGCGAAUAACCGCUGCUGAUGCCCUUAAACAUCCUUAUUUGGCAACUUAUCACGAUCCACAUGACGAACCUGCAGGAACUCCGAUCCCCGCUUCUUUCUUCGAUUUUGAUCGUCAUAAGGACCAACUAACAACCAGGGAUUUGAAGCGGCUAUUAUGGGACGAGGUCUUUCGCGACGUCCACCCGUGA